ACUUUUUGUGUAAGUCAACUUCUGCCACUUUCAAAGAAGAGUCUUAACUGCUUCACUCUGAAACCUAGAGCCAAUUACUUUACCUCCCUUAGACUUUGUCUUUAUUUAAAAAUGGGGAAUAAAUGGGUGACGUCAGGAGCAAAAUGCUGGGCCGACCGCAGGAGCGUCAGAGAGGCCAUGAAUUCCGUUUGGAGGUAUCUUGGAGCUUGCUUAGGUGCCAUGAGCAAAGCUUACCCUCUCGAGUUAAAAAAAAAAAAAAAAAAAAAAUGACGGACAAGAAGUUAUCAUUGAAAUUAAAUGGUGGCAGCCAUGUCCAGAGUAUAUUGCAGGGAUUUGAUCCCUUUAGGAAUCGUAUGACAGAUGAAUGUGUGGAGAUGGCAGCUGGUGGGCAACAGAACAAUAUUGGAAUGGUGGUAAUACAAGGAAAUAGUAUCAUUAUGUUAGAAGUCUUGGAGCAAGUACAAAGAAUGGCUAUGUUUACCAGAGAAAUCAACUGCUUCCACAUGUCCUCUCUCCACAGCACCCGUUUCACUACAAUAUAAAAAUCUAGUCCUGUCCAUUUUCAUGCUGAACUUUUGUUAAAUAAACUUUUGUAUUAGUAAAAAAAAAAAGGGGGGGGGGGAGAAAUAAA